AUGUCGGACCUAACGCGGCAUUUUCAUUUCAUGUCAACGGCCUUGUUUGUCGGGUAUAAGGCAUUGCUUAAUAAUGAGACUCCAGUAUCUUGCAUAGUCACUAGAGGCGAUGAGGUUCUAAGUAUAGGGUACAACUACACAAAUAUCUCCCUAAAUGGAACCAAACACGCUGAAUUUAUCGCAUUGGAGCGACUCAAGAGGGAUAUUGACUAUAGUGAACUCACAUUGUAUGUCACUGUGGAACCUUGCAUAAUGUGUGCGUCUUAUCUCCGUCAGUUGGGAAUUGGCAGAGUGUAUUACGGGUGUGGAAACGAUCGAUUUGGAGGAAAUGGCACUAUCCUUUCUAUUCACAACGACACAGGCUUACCAAACAGCGUCUACCCUAGUGUUGGAGGCAUUUGCAGAACAGAAGCAAUACAGUUGCUUCGAAACUUUUACAUUCAGGAGAACGAGUCAGCGCCGGUACCAAAAGUGAAGAAGAAUAAGAACAUAGAAAAGAAAGAAUUUCCUCCAAAUACAUCGAAUUUAUCUAAAUCAGAGUUCAUUGAGUUUUAUGGAAAUUCGAGGUGGGAGGCAUUCAACAAUGAUCUGGAAAUAACACCAAUUGUAGGGCAAGGCUAUUUCAUACGAGACUUGGUCGACCUUGACGAGUUAAAGCAUGUACCGUACUUGGAAGAUGAACUAGGUGCAAUCGACAAUGAUCAUGUUGAUUCGUUUGCAUCCCUCUUUUAUGAAAUCAACGCCAAUGGCCGAGUAAACUAUCAGCAAUCUGUAGAUAAGUAUCUUCAUAAGAAACGUAAAAUGAAAUAA